AUGAUGCAGUCAGUUGGCGUACGGGGCCGCGAGAGGGCUCUGGGCAGCUGGGUGAAGGAUGUGUGUCUCUCUGCAGGUGACGACUCCAUCAGCCCCUUGGGCCUGCUCCUCUGCCUGGGGCUCUCGUUGCUGCUUGUGUCCAUCCUGGGCUACAGCCUGGCCAAGUGGUACCAGCGUGGGUACUGCUGGGAGGGGUCUAAUUUUGUCUUCAACUUGUACCAAAUCCGGAACAUGAAGGAUCUGGAGAUGGGUCCACCCUUCACCAUCAGUGCGGAUGGCGGCUCCAUGAAGUUCUCCAACAGGUUGGUCUGAUGAGGGUAGCAGCAGCUUUCUGGAGCCCCAGAGAGGUGAGUGGAAGGUUGGUGAGCUGAGUGAGUCUGAUGUCCCAGUGUGGUCCUCAGAUGGUCCAGGCACCCAAGCCUAGCACCAAGGACUGCUUGGAACCCGGAGGUGAUUUGGUUCAUCCCCCGCCUCCUGGAGAGUGAGUGCUGUAGGGGACGAUCUCAGGAAUGAAGGCCUGGGGUCGUGCUGUCUCCCACUCCCCACCUCCUGCUAGCCCUGGGCCGCUCCUUUUCCACUUGACCCAUGUCCUGCCUUUCUUUCCUGGGGAAGUUCUAUUUCUGAUCAGAUGGAAAUUUCUAGAAUAGAGCUUUGUAUCUCAACCCUUUGCUCUGAGAUGAAGAUUCCAGAUGGCCACCCUCUCCAAGAAGCAUUGCUGUAGAGCUUCUGAACUUUCUAAGCCCAGGAGCCAUGCCUGUUUCCUGGCUGGCUGACCCUUUGGUCACACCUUUCCUCGCGCGCCUUCAAGCCCAUCCCUCUUCACAGCUCAGUUGCUUUCUCUCAUCUAAACAUUUCCUCCCUCCAGGAGUCCCUCACAGACCCUCAGUUUCUCUCUCAUCUCUUCCCCACAGGACCCCACACUCACCUCUUCCGCGUGUUCCUCCCUCUGCCCUGAUGUGAUGGUUUAGAGGAAUCUUUCCCGAGACUCAUCUCUUUGUCACUUUCCCUUUUUUUCUUUCUGCAGGAGGAGGCUCCUGGCUCAGCACCUGCCCCUCCCAGCCUCCCCUGCCUCCACCCCUAGGUCUUCAAGGCCUGGCCUGACCCCCUCUUGUGGACACUGAGGAGUUUUCUCUGGGGACACCACCAGCCUGUGGCAUGAGAGUCCCCCAGGAGAGUCAGGCCUCUGGGGACAGAGCCUGUGGAGUCACGGUGGCUUUCUCACAGAAACAGAGAUGGCCGCGUCCCAGCGAGAAAGGGCUGAUUCCCGGGAGGCCUCUGAGCCUGCGGGCGGAGUUCCAGGUGCCCAGCUGGCCGCUGUGGGUGGGGCCUGCUACCUGGGGCAUCCCCAGUCACUUCCCUGCAGGACUGACACAAGGGCCAGAAAACCUGUCACAUCCUCCAUAGGCAAAGUCAUGCGGGAGGGAGGGUGAUUCCACUUUCAACCUUCCUACCAGAAGCCAAGUUUCCCUAAGGGCUGAAGGCUGAGCUUAGGCCUUGACUCGAACUUGGUUCUGGCACUUUCAGCAAGUCCCCCAACCCCUCAUGCCCUCCCACACACAUGUCCACCACCGGGGCCUGUUUUCCCUGCUUCUGACCAGCCUUGGUGCCUCCCAAACAAUUUUGAGGGCGGUGCUGAGAACGGUCUAGAAACACAUUCUUGUUUUUAGCUUCCUGUGAUGGGGUGGGCAUGGUGUGGCAAGCUCAGUCUCCCAUGUCCUCCAUUUCCCAUGCAAGGCCUGCCUUGUGAUGUGGAAAGUGGACCAGAAAUGGUGAGAGUGGGGAAGAGGAACCAAGGUUAGCCUGAGAAAAACAGAUCGUGCACACGGGAAAUCAAGAACCAAGUGUAGCUUUGUGACAGGAGAACAGUUUGUUCGUGUGUCAUCACUCCUUCCUCCGGUCUGUGCCCUACUGGACCCGAGGUGGGGCCUGAACUGGGAUGUCAGCUUAGUAGGUACUUAAUGCAGAGUUGUUCAGUCCAGAGAGAUUGAGUUCCUGGGGCAGCUGUGGAUGGAGCAGGGCCUGAGGGGGCCCUGCCACUGCUGAAACUGCAGUUAGAACUACCAGACACUGGUCUCCCUGCCCAUGUCCCAGCAACAAGGUGGACAAGAUGCAGAAGCCCAGGACCAUGAUAGGCGAGGAGGAGAGAAGUCAUGGUAUUUGUCCUCCUAUCCUCUCUUUCCUGAGGCCUGGUUUCUUUCUUACUUUGGGUUCUAGCAGAUUGCCGAGGAAGGAAGGAAGGAAGGAAGG